AUGGGUUGCACAAAGAUGUUGAGUGGAGCAUCAUUUGCACUAAUUACAAUUCUGUCAAUUGGAGUUGUGAGCGCAAUGACUGGAUAUGUUAUUUAUUUCCUGUUAAAAUCAAAUAUUAAAGUAUCCGAACCAAAAAUUAUUACAUUUUCAUGCAUAGCACUUGCAUUUUCUCUUGUGUUCUUCCUUAUAUGCAUUAUCAUUCCAUGUUUUAAUGUCAGACGCCUUAAAAUGGCAACAUCUUAUUUGUAUAUUGUUUACGCGCUAUUUCUCAUUGCAACUGUUAUAGUUCUAUACAUGUUUAGGAUGAAAUUUAAGAAAAUUUUUGAUGAUACUUAUGAAAAAGAUCCAAAACUUUUUCCAUGCCAAUUCUUAUUCCCCUACAGUGGUUGUGGUGGUCAGAACGAUACAAUAUCCUGCCCCGCCAAGGAAGGACAUCAGAAAGACGAAACUAAAUGCAAAGAUGCGUUUAUCAAGAAAAUUGAUCACAGAAUGUUGGUGUUCUCCAUUGUUAUGAUUGCUAUUGUUGUUUUACUUAUUUUCGGAAUUAUUGUUGCAUUCUAUAUCGCAUGUCAAUCAUAUACUGAUUCCGAAAUUGGUGUUAGAUUAACAGCUACUCAAAUGACAUCUCUUACUUAUGGUUGGUAA